CCCGCCCGCUCGCCGCCGCCGCCGCCGCCUCCUCCGCCUCCUCCUCCCCCGCCGCCGGGGACAUGUCUAACCCCGGAGGCCGGAGGAACGGGCCCGUCAAGCUGCGCCUGACAGUACUCUGUGCAAAAAACUUGGUGAAAAAGGAUUUUUUCCGACUCCCGGAUCCAUUUGCUAAGGUGGUAGUUGAUGGUUCUGGGCAGUGCCAUUCUACAGAUACUGUGAAGAACACACUUGAUCCAAAGUGGAAUCAGCAUUAUGACCUGUAUAUUGGAAAGUCUGACUCAGUCACGAUCAGUGUGUGGAAUCAUAAGAAGAUCCAUAAGAAGCAAGGGGCUGGCUUUCUCGGUUGUGUCCGCCUUCUUUCCAAUGCCAUCAACCGCCUCAAAGACACCGGUUAUCAGAGGUUGGAUCUAUGCAAACUGGGGCCAAAUGACAAUGAUACAGUUCGAGGACAGAUUGUGGUAAGCCUUCAGUCCAGAGACCGAAUAGGCACCGGAGGACAAGUUGUGGAUUGUAGUCGUUUGUUUGAUAAUGAUUUACCAGAUGGUUGGGAAGAAAGGCAGACUGCCUCUGGAAGAAUCCAGUAUCUGAACCACAUAACAAGAACUACCCAGUGGGAACGCCCGACGCGACCAGCGUCGGAAUAUUCUAGUCCUGGCAGACCUCUUAGCUGCUUUGUGGAUGAGAAUACGCCAAUUACUGGAACAAAUGGUGCAACAUGUGGACAGUCUUCAGACCCCAGACUAGCAGAGAGAAGAGUCAGGUCCCAGCGACAUAGAAAUUACAUGAGCAGGACACAUUUACACACGCCUCCAGAUCUACCGGAAGGCUAUGAACAGAGGACAACGCAGCAGGGGCAGGUGUAUUUCUUACACACUCAGACUGGCGUCAGCACGUGGCAUGAUCCACGAGUGCCUAGGGAUCUUAGCAACAUCAAUUGUGAAGAGCUCGGUCCUUUGCCUCCUGGAUGGGAGAUCCGCAAUACCGCUACAGGAAGAGUUUAUUUCGUUGACCAUAACAACAGAACAACACAAUUUACAGAUCCCCGGCUCUCUGCUAACUUGCAUUUAGUUUUAAAUCGUCAGAACCAAUUGAAAGACCACCAGCAGCAGCAGCAGCAGCAAGUGGUGUCAUUAUGUCCUGAGGACACCGAGUGUCUGACAGUGCCAAGGUACAAACGAGACUUGGUUCAGAAACUAAAGAUCUUGCGGCAAGAGCUUUCCCAACAGCAGCCUCAGGCCGGCCACUGCCGCAUUGAGGUUUCUAGGGAAGAGAUUUUUGAGGAAUCCUAUCGACAAGUCAUGAAAAUGAGACCAAAAGAUCUCUGGAAGCGAUUAAUGAUAAAAUUUCGUGGGGAAGAAGGCCUUGACUAUGGAGGGGUUGCCAGGGAAUGGUUGUAUCUCCUGUCGCAUGAAAUGUUGAAUCCUUACUAUGGUCUCUUCCAGUAUUCUAGAGAUGAUAUCUACACGUUGCAGAUCAAUCCUGACUCUGCAGUUAAUCCGGAACAUUUAUCUUAUUUCCACUUUGUUGGACGAAUAAUGGGAAUGGCUGUAUUCCAUGGACAUUAUAUUGAUGGUGGUUUCACAUUGCCUUUUUAUAAACAGUUGCUUGGGAAGUCAAUUACUUUGGACGAUAUGGAGUUGGUUGAUCCAGACCUUCAUAAUAGUUUGGUGUGGAUACUUGAAAACGAUAUCACAGGUGUUCUGGACCAUACCUUCUGUGUUGAACAUAAUGCAUAUGGCGAAAUUAUUCAGCAUGAACUCAAACCAAAUGGCAAAAGUAUCCCUGUUACUGAAGAAAAUAAAAAAGAAUAUGUCAGGCUUUAUGUAAACUGGAGAUUUCUCCGAGGCAUUGAAGCUCAGUUCCUGGCACUGCAGAAGGGAUUUAAUGAAGUCAUUCCACAGCAUCUCCUGAAGACGUUUGAUGAGAAGGAGCUGGAGCUCAUUAUUUGUGGACUUGGCAAGAUUGACGUGAGUGACUGGAAGGUGAACACCCGGUUGAAACACUGUACACCGGACAGCAAUGUGGUCAAGUGGUUCUGGAAAGCAGUGGAGUUCUUCGAUGAAGAGCGACGAGCACGUUUGCUCCAGUUUGUGACGGGGUCCUCUCGAGUGCCUCUGCAGGGCUUCAAGGCACUACAAGGUGCUGCGGGCCCACGGCUCUUUACCAUACACCAGAUUGAUGCCUGCACAAACAACUUGCCAAAAGCCCACACUUGCUUCAAUCGAAUAGACAUUCCGCCCUAUGAAACCUAUGAAAAGCUCUAUGAAAAGCUGCUAACAGCCAUCGAAGAAACAUGUGGAUUUGCUGUGGAAUGAUGAGCGCCAAGGACUUACUUAGAACUCUUAUUUAUCCCCCAGGCCGACAGCCUCCUUCAGCAGCGCUUCAGAGAACGCUGGGACACAGGACAGCCCCUCCCCUGCCCCUUAGAGUCUAGGACACUGUGAGGGGAAAGAACAAUUUUGAAAUUCCUUUUCAAGGAAAAAUAAAGGUCUUUAUGCUUUGCCAUGAGGACACACUCAGCUGCUAUUUAAAAAUUAAUACCUUGAACUAAAGAAUGCUGACUCCCUGCAUCUCCAGAGUUAGGCAGUAUUCUACACUUAAAGACUACUACUAUUUUUAUAAAAGGUUAUCUAUCCAAAUCGCUUCACAGACUCAGUCUCUCGCACAGCAAGACAACUCCAGCAGUCGGUACAAGUCACAUUUCAUUUUGAUUGAAUACAUGAUUUUUGAACGGCUCCUAUACUUGCUCUUUGUAAAAACUAAAUAAAGUUAUUUUGAAUUGUUCCACCUUUGUAAACAAUUGGCUGUAGGAAUCAUUACCUUUAUGAAAUUAAGCCAUUUACAUGUUUAGUUGUGUUUUUCUAUAGCAGACAGAGCGUUAUAUUUUGCAUUAUGUGGGUCACCCUAGCCUAGGUGGGGUUUUAUAUUUUUCAAGUGUGACUUUCUUGGAAAUUCCUAAUACAACCAUUUAAACUGAGUUUAUUUGCUACCCUCCCUGUUUUUAAGACAACUUUAAAACAAAACAAAAAAACAAAACCUCAUGUUCUUGAAUCAAGAGGAUCAGGUAUUUUGGAUUUCCUUUCAUCUUCAAUUGAAAUACCGCAUUUUUAUAGCUUCUCCCAUGUGAUGGGAUUUUCAUUCUUUGCUGGGUCAGCUUGUCUUUUAUAUGCUAUUUCUAUAAACCAAAGCCUCUAAUAAGUACAUCUAACUUAUAUUUUAAUUAAGUUUCUAAAAGGAAAAUUUUUGCUCUAAAGAUUGUUUAGCUUAGAGAGCCCUGCUAUUAACCUCACUGGGAGAACUGGAGGUAGCAGUGGAAAUGGGGGCAGGGAAUGUCGUACAUGAGUGACGUCAGGUGUGCUGGCCAUGCCUGUGAUCCUGCUCCUGGGAGCCUGUGGCAGGGGGAGCAGUUCAAGUUCAAGGCCAGCCUGAGCUACAUAGCAGAUCUUGCCUCAAAUAAGAGUGACUCUAAGUCUAUGUACAAUUUACUCUAAAACUGAAGAGUUCAUUUAGAAGAAAGGGAGUGGAGCCCUGGCUGCCACAUUGCUGACUUCCAAGCAUUCAGAUUGAGCUUUCAAGGUGUGAGGCUCAUCCCGUGAUCCAGAAGGUAACCAAAAGUCUGGGGUGAGGGAUUGCAAGCAUCUAAAAUCACAUUGGAUUUUAAAAUUCAACCAUCAAAACAAUGCACUAUUAUUUUUAAACAUGAUGUAAAAUAAGAACAGCGAAUUUUGAUGAGCUUGGACACAAGGACAUGAAGAAUACUGGACAGAAAUUGACUAAGCCUGGUAGCUGACACCUGUAUUCCUGUCAUUGGGAAGGCAGAGGCAGGAGGAGGAGGUCAAGGAAUGCGUCAUCUACGUGGUGGGUUUGAGGCUAUUGAGACCCUGUCUCCAGAGGGUGAGGACCAUAACUGAGCAGGAUGCAGUGAUAGUGAGAUGCUGCUUUCAGUAGUUUUCCAUGCAGUGUAAAGCAGGUAAAUCCCAUCCCUUUUUGAGUGCCUUUUAACUAUAUCAGUGACUUGACAGAGCUUUAAAGGAAAUCGCCCUAUGUAACAGUCUUCAGUAGCACAUGACAGCCGAAAACAUGAUUUAGAUUUCAGUUUCAAAAUUACGUUACCUGAUUACUUCUAAAUAGGUGCUAAGCAAACAGAAAGCCCCAAUGUCAUUGAACCUGGACCUGCCUUGUGUUUAAUGUGAAUAUUUAUGUUUCCGUGUUCCUUCCUCCAGUUGGGCUGUUUCACCAUCCAUCCCCUUUCUCUCCAUCGGGAAAGCUCGAUUUUGACCAGUGGUUACUUUGUAGUGCUCACAUACAGUAAGAGGCCACUGUCUCUUGGCAUGAAGGUUUAAGUAGUGCUGUGUAUCCUGUACAUUUUGUCUUGCAGUUUGCCGCCCCGCAGUUUUACAGUGCUCCCGCCCCCACCCGAGUUCACAGGCCAGAGCACGAAUUCCUCUCCUCCUAAAGCCACUGUAACUUGCUUUCUCUGACAACACUAAAUCUGCUCUGACCCCCCAGUGCACGAUGGACAGCUAGCACCAGUGGGUGGGUGUUAGCCGCCUCCAGCGCCUGUCUCCCAGCUGCAGCUUACUGUCGGUGGCCACAUGUGGUGGUUAAUGGCCUCACACUAGGAUGGUGAUUGUACCAAAUGCUGAGUUGCUUAUUCUAGAUGUAAUUAGUUCACUUUAUGUAAUAUUCUUCCUUUUCUCAAACUGACUUUAAAAAUAAAGUUUUAUCAUUUUCAUUGUAUUUAUUACAGAAUGUUUUAGCUUUGAUAUUCUUUGUAUUUUCACUCAUUUGUUACAUGAGCUUUAUCAAUAACAUCUGUAUAAAUGGUUUUUAAAAAUUAACUGUGUAUGUGUAUGUAUGUGCCCAUGCCGAAGUUGAGCAAUAAAAUGAAUGCUGUUUGCACUGUCACAGCAGCAAAGUUUUUAAGAA